AUGCUCCCGUCGCCCGGCGGCAAGAACGCGACGGCGCUGUGGCAGCCCGACGGCGCCCCGACGGCGGCUCCCCCUUCGUGGCGCUGGGAGGCGGCGGAGGCGGCUCCGGGGGCCGCGGGCGGCGGCGGCGAGGCGGCGGCGGCGGCAUCGGGCUCCGGGGCGGCGCGGGCGGUGGCGGCGGGCAGCCUGCUGUCGCUGCUGGUGGUGUGGACCCUGCUGGGCAACGCGCUGGUGUGCGCGGCCAUCCUGGGCUGCCGCCACCUGCGCGCCAAGGUGACCAACAUCUUCUUGGCCUCGUUGGCCGUCUCGGACCUGCUGGUGGCGCUGCUGGUCAUGCCCUGGAAGGCGGCGGCCGAGGUGGCGGGCUACUGGCCCUUCGGCGCCUUCUGCAGCGUCUGGGUGGCUUUCGACAUCAUGUGCUCCACUGCCUCCAUCCUCAACCUGUGCGUCAUCUCGCUGGACCGCUACUGGGCCAUCUCCAGCCCCUUCAGGUACGAGCGCAAGAUGACCCCGCGCGUGGCGCUGGCCAUGGUGGGCCUGGCCUGGGCGCUGGCCCUCCUAGUCUCCUUCCUCCCCGUCCAGCUCAACUGGCAUAAGGGCCCCGACGCCACACCUGCCAGCCUGAACGGCAGCGGCGCAGCGGCCUGGCACUGCGACUCCAGCCUCAACCGCACCUAUGCCAUCUCCUCCUCGCUGAUCAGCUUCUACAUCCCGGUAGCCAUCAUGCUCGUCACCUACAGCCGCAUCUACCGCAUCGCCCAGGGCCAGAUCCGCCGCAUCUCAUCACUGGAGCGGGCGGCCGAGCACGCCCAGAGCUGCCGGAGCAGCCCCCGCCGGCCCUGUGCUCCGCCAGCCCUGCCCUUGCCACCGCCAGUCCUGAAGGCCUCGCUGCGCAAGGAGGCGCGCGUCCUCAAGACGCUGGCCAUCAUCAUGGGUGUCUUUGUUUGCUGCUGGCUGCCCUUCUUCGUCCUCAACUGCCUGAUGCCCUUCUGCCCACGCGCGCCCGAUGGUGCCCCACCGCCAGCCCGCCUGCCCUGUGUCAGCGACGCCACCUUCGACAUCUUCGUCUGGUUCGGUUGGGCGAACUCCUCGCUCAACCCCAUCAUCUACGCCUUCAAUGCCGACUUCCGCAAAGUCUUCUUUAGUGUCCUGGGCUGCGGCCGCCGCUGCUCCCCAACACCCGUGGAAACAGCCAACCUCAGCCACGAGCUCCUCUCCUACCACCAGGAUGCCCUCACGAGGCCCCACCACCUGCCCACUGCCGAACCCAUCCAGCCCAGCCGCAGGAUAAGCCCUGCCUCGCUGGAGCCCACCGACUGCGAGCUGGACCUCUCGCUUGACGCAGCACCUCCUUUCACCCCCCGCGGGCUGCUCUGA